AUGAAGUGUGCUGAUGAUAUAAAAACAUAUGCGAAAAUCCGAUCUGAUAAAAAACUCUUUCAAUUUUUGAAUAGAUUAGAUCGGAAAUUCGAUGCCAUAAAAAGAGAAAUUCUUCGAAACGAACCCAUUCCUACCGUUGAAGUUGCUUAUGCCAUUGUACGAAAGGAAGCCGCUCACCAAAAGAUUUUGGGAGCAACUACCCUCGAACCCCAAGGUGUCGCCGCCGGAUUGAUUGCCAGAGAAAUCAACGUCGGCGGAUUCGUUUCAAAAGGUUACCGCCGAUACGACACCAAGAAAAAGGAGAUCAAAGAUGAUAAAUCUGAUCUACUAUGUGAUGAAUGUGGCAUGUCGAGACACACCAAGGAGCAGUGCUUUCGUCUUGUUGGUUAUCCAGAUUGGUGGAUCGAUGGCAACAAGAAAGGCACCAAAUCGCUCAAAUCGGACAAAGGGAAAACAAGUGUUUCGGUCACUGACCAUAAUAAAGCAAGCAGUAGUGGCGGCCGGCGAUCAGAAGGGUACGGCGGCAUGGCGGAAUCUGGCAGAGAAGAGAAGGGGGAAGGAGAUGAAUCUUCUUUUUCGGUGGUAAAAGGUAAAAGGGAAGAUAUUUGUUUCCAAAAAAUAACAUAUCUUCCAUAUAUGUAUCGACCGACCCCUAAUUCUCCAAUGCCUAAUUACUUGUGUCAUGGACCUAAAAAACAAAAUGGGCCAAGUCUAUUUUCUUAUGGACUUAAUAAUGAGGAAAUAAAAAGCCCAAUGUUCUUUGAUGGAUCGGCAUAUACGGCCCGGAAUCAUAGUACAGAUUCGAAUGGGCCUUGGAUAUUUGAUUGUGGGGCCACGGAUACUAUGACGUAUGAGUUAUCCGAUUUUUCAAAAAUUUCAAAGGCGAGAAAAACACAUAUCAAAGCAGCAAAUAAAGGAAAAAUGGAUGUAAAGACUGGGGGAACGAUUAAAAUUUCUCUACAUAUUAAAUUAUCUAAUUGCCUUUAUGUUCCGAUAUCAGGACGGGACGGAUUAUUGGGCGUGGCACUGAGAGAGAGACUGGAUUAUGUUGAUGAAGUAAAUGCAAGUGGAAAUGUGAUGCUAGCUCAUGGAACCAGUGAAAGAGAAGCUUGGUUGUGGCAUAGAAGACUGGGACAUCCUUCGUCUAUCAAAAUUGUGAGGUCUGAUAAUGGUGGAGAGUAUAAAAACUCACAAAUGAGCCUAUUUUUCCAAUCAAAAGGGAUAGUCCAUCAAACCACAUGUCCCCAUACCCCAGAACAAAAUGGAGUUGCUGAACAUUCUAAUACCACAGUUGAUCUAGAUUCAUCUCAAGAAGCACAGUCUUCUAUAGAAGAGUCCUCUCAGGAACAAAACAGUGUCACCAAAGAUAUAAGUCCAAACCUGAUAUCCGAAUCCGAGGUACGUAAUUCUUCUGAGAAUGUUACAAUAGAAACUGUUGUACCAGAUUCAAAUGAAAGUAUGCUAGAAAAUGAAGAACAGGUUGACGAAGAACCUAAUGAUGAAGAAUCAGUUGAUACAGAGGUUCCAAGAAAAUAUGUGCUCCCAACCAGGUCAACUCGAAGAAUACCUGCAAAACGGUAUUCUCCAGAAUAA